AUGAGUCCAAUCACCCUGCUGCAGCUACUCCUACUGCCACUCCUCCUCCUCACUUCCCUCUCCUCCUCUCGCCGGAUCCUCCAUCAACCAUUCUUUCCGGUCACCGGUUCUUCUCCUCCUCCUUCCACCACCACACUACCACCUUCCCUUCCUCCUUCUCCACAACCCAAAUACCCUUUCUCUUCCCAACCACCUCCUACUCCUUCCCACCACCGUUUCUUCCCUUUCUCCACCUCUCCUUCUUCUCCGACCACCGUCCCUUCCACCUCUCUUCCCACUUUUCCGGCCAACAUCUCUUCCAUCAUCCUUCCACCAUCAUCAUCAUCUUCUUCCAAAUCCCAUCUCUCCAGAAAACUUCUCUUCCUCUCUCUCGCCCUUUCCCUUCUUUCUAUCGCCUUUAUAGCAGCGGUGGCUGCCUCCCUCUUGUACCACCGGAACCACAAUCGUAAACCACCAUCUUCAGACAGUCUCCGGUUGUUUCCGGCUAACCUCCCCACCUCCGACAAGCCACCACCUCCUCCUCCUACUCUCCCCGACAACUUCUCCACCCCCAGCUCAGAGUUUCUUUAUCUUGGUACACUCGUUAGCCCCAUACACGACCAAAAGCAAACCAAUGCAGCCUCCGCAGCCUCCACCAUGGAAUCGCCGGAGCUCCAUCCACUCCCGCCAUUACCCCGACACGGUUUCCGUCACCACCACCAGAACCUGGACGACUGUUCUUUCACCGACGACACCGACGUCGACGAUCACGAAUUCUUCUCUCCAAAAGGGUUCCCCGUCGUCUUUGAAGCUACGGAACCACACAACUUCCAUGAAAGAAGCUCUAACUCAACGACGGUCGUGAAGUUGCCACCUCCACCGCCACCACCACCAAUGCCGCCACCUGGGUUCUCAGAAACACAUUUCCCGGUGCAAGAAUCGAGUCUCCAUGAACGAGAACGACCACCUGGAGCAACGGCGGCGGAGGUACAGAAUCCGACGGAGAAUGAGGAAAGGAAAGAAGAGAUUUUGAAGCCAAAGUUGAAGGCUUUACAUUGGGAUAAAGUGAGAGCAAGCUCAGAGAGAGCAACAGUGUGGGAUCAGUUGAAAUCCAACUCUUUUAAGUUAAAUGAAGAAAUGAUAGAGACGUUGUUUAUGGCGAGUUCGUCCAAACUGCCAGCAAAUCAUGGCAGCAAUCAAGCGAGGGGAGUCGCCAUGGCUGCAGAUAUGAACCAAAAGAACCGGGUUCUUGACACACACAAGUCCAGGAACAUCGCUAUACUAUUAAGGGCUUUUAACUUGACCAUUGAUGAAGUCUGUGAAUGUAUUCUUCAAGGUAAUGUUGACACCUUAGGUUCAGAACUACUGGGGAGCUUGUUGAAGAUGGCUCCAACAAUGGAGGAAGAAGAUAAACUAAAGGAUGCAUCUCCCUUCAACCUCGGUCCUGCCGAAAAGUUUCUCAAGGCCGUUAUCGAUAUACCGUUUGCGUUCAAAAGGGUCGAUGCCAUGCUUUACAUAUCGAAUUUUGAUGUCGAGAUCGAUUACCUUAUGAGGUCCUUCGAAACAAUUGAGUCAGCUUGUCAACAACUUAGGAACAGCAGAAUGUUCAUGAAGCUUCUCGAAGCCGCACUCAAGGCAGGAAACCGCAUGAAUAUCGGAACAAACCGUGGGGAUGCUUACGCGUUUAAGCUCGACACUCUCCUCAAACUUGUGGACGUGAAAGGCACCGAUGGGAAAACGACACUUUUGCAUUUCGUUGUGCAGGAGAUCAUAAGAGCAGAAGGGUGUCGGCUUUGGGGGGCUAAUAAUCUUGAUUUCACGACACAAAUUAACCAGCAAUCGGAACUCUGUGAUGAGGUCGAGUUCCGGAAGCGUGGACUCGAAGUCGUUUUGAGCCUUGGUGGCGAACUCUCGAGCGUUAAGAAAGCCGCCGUCAUGGAUUCCGAUCUGCUUUCCAAGGAAGUAAGGAGGAUAACCAUGGGCAUAACCAAGAUUCGUGAAGCGGUGACUCUCGAUGAAGAAUAUGUUUCAGACGGGAGAUUCUCCGACUCCAUGAAUACGUUUUUGAAGAAAGCAGAGGACGAUAUAAUCAAGAUUGAAGCUAAAGAGAAACUAUUGAUUUAUAUGGUGAAAGAAACUACCGAGUACUUUCAUGGGAAUUCAUCCAUGGAAGAAGCUCAACCUUUGAGGAUAUUCAUGGUGGUCCGCGACUUCUUGACCGUUCUUGAUCAAGUUUGCAAGGAAGUCGGAAAGAUCAACGAGAGAACCACAGUCAGCAUGCCAAUGAGCCAGACUCUUCCGUCCGCUUUUCCUUGGUUCAACGGAAGGCGGCACGUUGGCUCACCUGAUGGUAAAGACGACCCGACCUCGGACUAGUUAGCCCGAGAUCGGGUUGCUUGAUUGCAAUGGCUGACCCUUGACCAUCUGUAUAAAUUUUGGAUAGAAGAUUUUGGAGCAGUUUUUCUUCCUGUCCAAAAUUAAUAAUCACAUGUGAAUGUGAUGAUAAGUUGAGAGUAUUUCUAUCCAAUACUUGGGCUUCUUGUACACUUUUGAGUUAAAUUAUUUUACUCCAUGCCAUGUCCUUGCGUGAUAGAUUUGCAUUCUUUGAAUUGUUUAAAAUGCUUCUACAUAC